GGGCUUUUGGGAGUAGGCGUCUGUUCUGGAGACUCCCUCUCCUGCAGCUCUAUGGCCAGCGCAGGUGCUGAGAUGCCAGCUGCUAAUGAGGCUCUGCUAAUGCUAAGCUAUGCCAAGAUAAUCCAAGCCGCUUGCUGCCAGCAUCUUGAAAGGGCCCAGGAGGGCUGCAGUGGCCGACAGGUGCAGCACUCCCUAAAUAGCAAGCCCAAGCGUUGCCUAUAAAAACCAGGGACGUGCCUAGCGCCCAAGGAGAACUUGCUGAGGGCUGUUCUGGAAGGAGCCUGCCACGAAGCCUGCACCAGGGGACAGGAUGGCCGAGGAUUUUUCCUGCCAAGUCAAGAAGAUGGCGCUGGCCUUGGGAACGUCCCUGACGGACAAGGACAUUGACCUGCUGCCCUCGGAUAUGAGACAUCACGCUGCCUUCAACUACAGCAAGUUCUUCGAGUACAUGCAGAAGUUCCAGACGUCGAGCGAGCAGCAGGAGCAGGUGCGCAAAGCUUUCCAGCUCCUGGACAAGGACAACAGCGGCUUCAUCGAGUGGAACGAGAUCAAGUACAUCCUGUCCACCGUGCCCAGCACCAUGCCUGCGGUGCCCUUGUCAGACGAGGAGGCUGAAGCUAUAAUCCAAGCGGCUGACACAGAUGGGGAUGGGAGGAUUGAUUUCCAAGAGUUCUCCGACCUGGUCACGAAGGAGAAGAUUCCCAAGAAGAAGUAAGGCAGGAGGCAGAGGAGAAGGUGCGCCCCACUUCCUGGCACCAGGCCGCCUGCUUUGGGGGCAGCCCCCCGGGGAGACCGCUGCUGGCUGCCCGUGCAGCACCGUGCUUGUCCUGAGUGUUCUGUC